AUGACUAGCAAUAAGAAUACUAAACUCCUCACACAUCUGCUCGGGAAUUUGAAAUCUACAGGAAGAAUAGUCGGUACAACUGCUGCCGCAGGUAACGGCCUUCCCACAUCGAAUAACAUCAAAACUAUUAGGCGACCUAAUUACAUAGCGAAACCUACAGUGUUGAAGUUUACAAGUUACGAUCCAUAUUUGACGAAGAAUGAUUUCUUGUCGCUUAUACCUGAAAAUGUUUUUGCCCAGGCGCCUUUAACAACAGAUAUGGAAACAAAGUACGAUUUUACAUUAAUAAAGAAAAGGGAUCCCAAGUAUUUUUUAUUUAAGGAUCAAUAUUACUUGAAAUUCUUGAACUUCAUCAAGUUGCAGCGAUAUUCAAAUGUUACUAAAUUUGCGAGGUUAAAGAAAGUACGUGUAAAUUUUAAACCAUUACAAAAUAUUCAUGAAAAUGAUUUGUUUAUGACGAAUCAUCAAUUUUACUUACAAAAUUUGGUUGCAGCAUAUAAAUCAAAAGAGGCUUACUUGCAACAGAUCAAGGGUUUAGAAGUAUCGCCCGUUGAAUUGUCAACAGUGGAAAUGGAAGAAAUGGAAGAAAAUUCAUUAGUAGUAUGGAAUUUACCCAAUGACAUGAAACCGAUUGAAGUACAAAACUAUUUCUGGUUCUAUGAUAUUAAACAUUGUUUUAAACUAUAUUGGAAUGAUACUACUUCGUUACAUUAUUUUGCAUUUAAUAAUUCAAAGGAUGCAGCUGACUUUAAAUCCAAUUUCCAUGGAGUUAAUUUUCACAAUGAGGCCUUAUACAAAAUCUUAGUUGAAAGACUAAUUUGA